GCACUCCCAGGCGGCCGACAUGAAAGCAGCUUCAUAACCGUGGCAGCGUCAUGAGGGUGAAGAACCAGUUGAUGCUUGGAGAUCCAGCGGGGAUGAAAGGCUUGGGGUGAAGACGCCCUGCGUUACCCUGGCUUGGUAGGGCAGGGCUUCCAGAGGCCGAUGAAAGCUGGGGGCACUGGGCGCAAAGUGCCUCUUCUGGACUCCGGCAAGAAGCUGUGCAAACACUCCAAGGUCGGGAAGGUGGUGGCGAGAGCUCUUCCCCUCCGGAGUCCUGGGUCGCCAGGUCCCGGCCCACCCCACACUCCCCUUUACCGAGCAGGAGACGCUCUAGCACAGGCAGUUGCUAUGGCAACGAGGUUCUCGGCCUACUGAGGCAAAUCUCGGCCUAGAGAGGCGACAUCCUCCCGGACCCCUCUUCCUCCUCACGGGUAAAGUGGCGCCCCCUACGCGCAGCAGCCGUCUCUGGGUCCCCGCCCCGGCGCGGAGACCACCGUGGACCUCCAGGGACGGAAAGUCGCUCUGGCCCCAAGCCGAGCCUCUCGCUGGUAGGUGGGCUAGAGGGAGCCGCUCUGGGCGCAGCGCCGCUGAGCUACUCGAUGCUCCAGCCGGAAGUGCUCUUCACCGCCUGCCUCCCACCCGGCUCUCUGGUCCGGGCGGUAAGAUGGCGGCGGCCUCGGAGUGCGAUGUGGUAAUGGCGGCGACCGAGCCAGAGCUGUUCGACGACGAAGAGGCGAAAAGGCGAUGCCCCGCCUUCCGCGAGCCCCCUGACCCCCCACCGGAGCUCAGGUCCGGGUGGACCCCUCAGAAGAGGCGCUCUCCGAGGUUGGCCCUCCCCUCCCGCUUCCGCUUGACAGGGGCCGAGAACAGCCUUGUUUUGCAGCGGGAAAGGGCGUCCUUACUGCAGAGGGCUCGAUCUCAGGUCUCAGGAGGGGCUGCAUCUCAGCGGUCUCUGGAGGGGUGGUGGAGGCGGCGCGGCGAAAAUGACUCCCUGCUCACCCCGACAGCCGCCUUCUGUGGUGUGACUACUCUCUCUCUCCUGAAGCUUAGGAAACUAGAUGAUGCAAUAGAAGACUGCACAAAUGCAGUGAAGCUCGAUGACACAUAUAUAAAAGCCUACUUGAGAAGAGCUCAGUGUUACACGGACACAGAGCAGUAUGAAGAAGCAGUCCGGGACUAUGAAAAGGUGUAUCAGACAGAGAAAACAAAAGAACACAAACAACUCCUUAAAAAUGCACAACUGGAACUAAAGAAGAGUAAAAGGAAAGAUUACUACAAGAUUUUAGGAGUGGACAAGAAUGCUUCUGAAGACGAGAUCAAGAAAGCUUAUCGGAAACGAGCCUUAAUGCACCAUCCAGAUCGGCACAGUGGAGCCAGUGCUGAAGUUCAGAAGGAGGAGGAGAAAAAGUUUAAAGAAGUUGGAGAAGCUUUUACCAUCCUUUCUGAUCCGAAGAAAAAGACCCGCUAUGACAGCGGACAGGACCUGGAUGAAGAGGGCAUGAAUAUGGGUGAUUUUGACGCCAACAAUAUCUUCAAGGCAUUCUUUGGUGGUCCUGGGGGCUUCAGCUUUGAAGCAUCUGGUCCAGGAAAUUUCUUUUUUCAGUUUGGCUAGUGAUAAGAAAUCAUUCAGAAAAACUAUCCAGAUAAAAUGCAGAUUUGCUCAGUUCAACCUUGAAUGUGGACACAAUUCACCUCCUCCCUUCAUCAUGUCUCCAUGUACUUAGAGCAGUUUCAUUUUCUCGGUUGGCUACCCUGUGUCUCUGUGAGUGGGGUGAAGGAAAGGGAGCCAGCACCGAAGACUGCGGGUAGGGGAGGGAGGUGGGGGGCGGAUAGGGAGGCAGCUUGUGAAUUUUUGUUUUACAGUUUAACUUUAUUAAAAAAGAAAAAAAAGAUUAAGAGAAUAAAAUGUUUUGACCCAU